AUGACCAUCCCACAAUAUUUCAAAGGAUUUGCCGUAGAUAAGCCAGAGAACUGGAACAAGCCUAAGUUGGUCGAAUACAAGCCAAAGGAGUUGGCAUCGCAUGAUGUCGUGUUGGAGAACAUCUGCUGUGGAUUAUGUGGUAGUGACAUUCACACCAUCAAGGGUGCAUGGAAGCCACUCAAUAGAGACGACCUUGUUGUUGGACACGAAAUAGUUGGUAAGGUUAUUGCUAUCGGUAAGGACGUCAAGGACAUCAAGGUUGGGGACAGAUGCGGUGUUGGUGCCUGCUCCAAGUCUUGUAUGGACUGUGAAAGAUGUGAAACAGACAACGAACAAUACUGUCCUAGAAAGGUGAGUACUUACAAUGCUAAGGACUUCGAUACUGGCUACAUCUCCCAAGGUGGUUACUCUUCCCACUCCAUUGCUCACGAACAAUUUGUAUUCCCAAUUCCAGACGCAUUGGAAUCAGCUGUUGCUGCUCCAUUGAUGUGUGCUGGUUUAACCGUGUUUUCUCCAUUGGUCAGAAACCUUGGUGA